UCGCGCCAUCCCACCCUGACGACCCCCUUCCCUUCUCCCUCCACCGCACGCUGAGCUAGCUAAGCAUCACUGCAUCAGAGAGAGAUGAGGGCAGCGUCGUCUCCCGUACCCGCCAUGCUCGCCGCCCCAUCGGCGGCGGCCGUCGCGAAGCCGCUGCCGGCACCUCGCUCCAGCACGGCGCUCCACGCCACGGCAGCAUCAGCAUCAGCCACGUCAAGCAGCAGGCGCGACGUCCUGGCCGGCACGGGCCUGGGAGCGGCGCUGCUUCUUGCGCUGUCGCCGUGCGUGGGCGCGGCACGCGCGGCGGCGGACGAGGAGUACGUGAGCGAGACGAAGGAGGUGAUCGGGAAGGUGCGGUCGACGAUCAGCAUGGAGAAGACGGACCCGAAGGUGGCGGACGCGGUGACGGAGCUCCGGGAGAUGUCCAACUCGUGGGUGGCCAAGUACCGGCGCGAGAAGGGCCUGCUGGGGCGGCAGUCGUUCCGGGACAUGUACUCGGCGCUCAACGCCGUCUCCGGCCACUACAUCAGCUUCGGCCCCACCGCGCCCAUCCCCAACAAGCGCCGCGUCCGCAUCCUCGAGGAGAUGGACUCCGUCGAGAAGUCGCUCCAGCGCGGACGGUGAAGAACCACUGACGUACGUACGUUUUGCGGCUGGUUUGGUUCAAGGCGAAAUGUAUGUUCGUUCGUGUGUCGCGCAGGAUGGGAACGUCACGUUUGCUUGUUCUGUGUGUCAGAAGCGCUCGGAUUUUGAGCCUCGAGGUUUAUGAAUUGUUUGUAAGAAUUCUGAAUCGGCUGAUCGACAUGGUGAUAAUAUUGUUGGGGCAGGUCCCGGAGUCUUGGCACCCGUCAA